UUCCUGCUAAGACAAACUUACAGCAAAAGUUUGGAACAUAGAAAAUUAAAAUGGAUUCUUACUCAUAUGCUAUUUCUUCUUCUUCUUCUUCCUCUAGUUCUACUCCAUUUACCACUUAUCCAAAAGAACAAAAGAAAAAUAAAAAAUUGCCCUCAUAUUAUUCCUCACUCCAUGGAGUUCGAACGCUCCCAGCAAAACCAAUGACCAAACAACCAAUUGCACCAUUGCCACCAACACCUCCUAAAAUCUACACAGUCGAACCUGUCAAUUUCAAGGAAGUUGUCCAAAUGCUCACUGCAGGACCCGAGUUUCAAUCCGUCUCCAAUAAUUCCCUCUCCAGUUCUGAUUCUGGUUCUGGCUCUGGCUCUGGCUCUGGCUCUGGCUCUGGCUCUUUCAAUUCGAGGCGUUUACAAGAUGUCGCUCCUCCUCCACUUGAUCUCUCACCGGUCUCGUUUCAAAGAAAUAAUGGUAAUAAUACUAAUGAUAUUGCUGCACAAUGGCACGAGUUCCUUCAUCCUCCUUCUUCUUCUUCAAACAUUAACCAAGUUGAAUCAUUUACCGCGGCAUGCAAUGACUCAUCAACAAAUGAAGCACAGGAAAGAUCACAUGUAGCACCCCGAAUUCCAUCAGAAAAUUAUUUUGGAUCGUGCAGUCCACUAGCUAAUUGCCCUUUAUCGCCCUCUUCUUUUGCAUGGUGCUCUUCUAUUCUUCUCAGCCCUGGCACUCUGACUUCACCUAGUGCGGUUCUUUAGUUCCUUUGCCAUUGCCUCAACUACUAGCGGAGACGGGAUUUUCACCAAAGCGUUCAACAUCUACUAUGUUUACAUAAAAAUAAAUCUAGCUCCACCCCCUGCCUCAACUCAUUUGAGAGUUUGUUCCGAAAAUGAGUAUUACAAUUUACGUGUGGGUAGAUACUCAAGAGUUUGAAUUGGAAAUAAAAGAUUUCACAAUUCAAACACUUGAAGCUGUUUUCUUCUUUUUUUAAGUUUCACCUUUACUCCCUACUGCAAAAUAUCAUAUAUGUAUUUCCGCAAUUAUAGUUUGUAAUUUGAGGCCUCUUUGGGAAUUCUCAAGAGCAUUGACAUUUUA